AUGCAGCUGUCAGCAGUCCCUUUCCUCGCCCACGCGCUCAUCGAAUGCAUAGGGGCCACCUCAUUCAUCCUAUAUCCGGCCUCCCAGAUCCCCAACCCGAGCCGGGAAGCCUCCCUCGUCAGCCAGCUUGUCGGCGGUGCCCUCCUCCAGUCCUCCCUUAUCGCCUUGAUUAUUGCAUUCAAGUCCGAGUUCGCCGUCGACAGCGGUGCCUGGGACAACGCAGAUCGCGCUCUUGCUCUAGCCUUUGCCUUUUGGCAUGUGUGGCCAUGCUAUCGAGCCAUCGCUCGAAUCCAGUCUAGAGGAGGGGAGGGUGCCAAAACGCAACAGACGCUCGGAGGGCCUGUUGUUCAUCUGGGCGUUCACUCCGUUCUCCUUUCAGCCUUCCUCUGGUCUGCGCUGCAGUAG